AUGCCCCUAGCGGCCGUCAACGUCAAGGCAGCGAAGAGCCCGGCUGACGUCUCAUUCGUGUCAGUCGUCGAGGAACACCUCAAGCCGGAGCGAGAUCGACAAAAGGACACAAGCCCGGCGAUGCUUCCACUGCUCCACUGCUUCGAAAGUUCCAUGACACGGCUGCCGUCGCCUUGGUAA